AUGGAAUAUUUGCGUUUACAUUUCGAACGCGAACAUUCUGCUGAAUUAAAAGAACUCGAAAACAAAGCAAAAGAACUAGCAGAAGGAGAUCUUUCAUACCGUAAAAGGCGCUUUAGAUCACAAAAUAGAUAUUAUUACGGAGAUGAAAACGAAUUCAAUGAUCAUGACUUAGAAAUGGCAGAAGAGGUAGCUUUUAGAGAAGGUGAAGGUGAUCAAAAUCCAAAAUAA